AUGACUAUCAUUGAAAUCAGGUGGACAUCAGUCCUUUCCUACAUUCUUGUCAGCAUCCUACUUUUCACGGUUUCAAAACUGAUCUACAACAUCUUCUUCCACCCCCUGCGACACUACCCAGGCCCUCUUUUUGCUCGAGCAACACGUCUGUACCAUCUGUACUACGACCUCAGUGGCGUGCAGCACCUCAAACAGAAAGAAUGGCAUGAUCUCUACGGUGAAGUGGUGCGAAUAGCGCCCGAUGAACUUUCUUACACCUCUGCGCAGGCUUGGGUUGAUAUUUGUGGCCACAGAACUCGGGACCGACCGGGUAGCUUCGAAAAAGACCCCAUCUUCUUCGGUGGCACUCGUAGAAAAACGAAUACUCAUAUCAUCGUGGCCAAUGACAAGGAUCAUCGCCGCUUGAGACGGUUGCAGUCGCACGCGUUUUCGGAGAAGGCGCUGACAGCGCAGCAAGAUGUUAUCAAAACUCAUUUGGAUACUUUCAUUGGGCAACUGAAGAAACAAGCUUUGCCUGGUGGCGAGAUCGAAGUCAAGGAAAGCGGUGAUGGUUUUCUUGACAUAGUUCAAUGGCUCAAUUUCCUCACCUUCGACACAAUCGGCGAUUUAGCCUUUGGCAGUCCAUUCGGCUGCUUACUCGACCCGGUCAACAAUACGCGAUACAUCCAGGUGAUUUUCAGUAUGAUCAAAGUCGGGAACUAUUUUCGAGCUGCGAGACGGUUCCCAUCACCCUUGAAGCAGUUGUUGACGCUGGCUAUUGUGCCGAGACGGCUUAUUGAGGAUCGGGAGUAUCAGGUUCAGGUUAGCAAGGAUAAGAUUGAUGAGCGGAUGAAGAGGGAGACGGAGAGAGCUGAUUUUAUGUCGUAUAUCUUCCGAGCCAAAGACGAGAAAGCCAUGACAUACCCUGAAUACAUUGGAGCGGCAGUAAUAUUCCUCGCAGCCGGCAGCGAAACAACAGCAACUCUACUUUCAGGUGCUCUAUACCUCCUCUUCACACAUCCCGAAUCUCUAGAGAAGCUUACAGCCGAGAUCCGCACUUACUUCAAGUCUGAAGCAGACAUAGACAUGCAAUCAACAGCCAAUCUGCCAUUCUUACAAGCCGUGCUACAGGAGUCACUCAGAUUGUACCCACCAGCACCAAACGCGUUUCCCAGAAGGACACCUGCCCCUGGACAGAUUAUAUGUGGAAGAUUUGUUCCUGCCAAAACGACGGUGGGUGUUCAUCAGUGGUCAGCGAAUCGAUCUAGUCGCAAUUUUUACUUGCCUGAGAUGUUUGUGCCGGAAAGGUGGAUGGGGGCGGACAAGAGAUUUGAAGAUGAUAAGAGAGAUGCGUGUCAGCCAUUCUCCUUUGGACCAAGGAACUGUAUUGGGCAGAAUCUGGCAUAUGCCGAAAUGAGAAUGACCAUGUGUCGUCUUCUAUGGAACUUUGAUCUCGAAUUGCACGAAGGUAGCCGUAAUUGGCUCAAGGAACAAAAAACAUUCAAUUUAUGGGAAAAGGAUCCACUACAGAUCCGCUUGAAGACUGUUGUACGUUGA